GAACAUACGCACACUCACACACUCGUGCCUCACAUAAUACCCGCAGAUCGACUUUGCUUCAGGGUUUCCAGGUGUGAUGGCAGACACAGAUGUUCUGAUAGAUGAAGAUUUGGACUACAAUGUGUCCAGGACACCGGUGUCCACCAGAAUGUCCUUCUCAUCGUCCAGACGAGGAGUUACCGUGAGCUUCCACAACAUCAACUACAGCGUGAAGAUGAAGAGCGGCUUCAUGUGCAAGAGGAAGGUUACGCAGAAGAACAUCCUCAUCGAGCUCAAUGGUAUUAUGAGGCCGGGACUGAACGCCAUAUUAGGAGCAACUGGGAGCGGGAAAUCAUCGUUUCUGGACGUUCUGGCCGCUCGUAAGGAUCCUGCUGGUCUUUCUGGAGAGCUUCUUAUAGACGGAGCUCCACAGCCUCCAAACUUCAAAUGUCUGUCUGGAUACGUAGUGCAGGAUGACGUGGUCAUGGGGACGCUGACCGUUCGUGAGAAUCUGCGUUUCUCAGCGGCUUUAAGGCUCCCGAAGUCGAUCCGUCAGCGAGUAAAAGAUGAGAAGAUUGAGAAACUAAUUCAGGAGCUGGGAUUGAGCAAAGUGGCUGAUUCACGGGUGGGCACGCAGCUGAUUCGUGGUGUUUCAGGUGGAGAGAGGAAGAGGACAAGCAUCGGCAUGGAGCUGAUCAUUGAUCCACCGGUGCUUUUCCUGGACGAACCGACCACCGGCCUGGACGCCAGUACAGCCAACUCUGUCCUCAUGCUGCUCAAGAGUAUGGCGGACAGCGGUCGCACCAUCAUCCUGUCCAUCCAUCAGCCGCGGUACUCCAUCUACCAGCAAUUCGACAGCCUUACACUGCUGGUGGGAGGAAGACUGGUGUAUCACGGCCCGGCUCAAGGCACCCUGGAUUACUUCAGUCAGCUCGGAUACACUUGUCAACCUCAUAACAACCCUGCUGAUUUCUUCCUGGAUGUCAUCAAUGGAGACUCCACCGCCGUCGCUCUCAACAAUUUAAAUUUCAAUGGGGAACUGGACCAGGAGAGGCUGAGGUCAUCUCUGACAGGCAUUGAGGACCGUUUGGUGGAAGAAUACAAGAACAGCGCCAUAUACAACCAGACCAAAAGAGAGCUGGAGCGAAUCGUUCAGGGACAGGACAACAGCACACGACCCAAAUCCAGAACCAUCACCUACAGCACAUCCUUCUGCCACCAGUUCAACUGGGUUCUCAGAAGAACCUUUAGGAACCGAAUGCUGAACAGACAGACCUUAUUCGCUCAGAUCGGGGUGGUGAUUUUCCUGGCUCUGGUAGUUGGAGCCAUAUUUUUUGGAGUGGAGGACAAUUUGAGUGGCAUUCAGAACAGGAGGGGUGCACUCUUCUUCAUCACCACAAAUCAGUGCUUCAGUUCUAUUUCCUCAGGAACUGAGAGGAAACUGUUUGUGCACGAGUACAUCAGCGGAUACUAUAGAGUGUCAGUGUACUUCCUGUCUAAGGUCCUGUCUGAUAUCCUGUUUCUGCGCACCAUCCCCGGCAUCGUCUUCAGCUGCGUGGCGUACUGGAUGAUCGGACUGAAGGCGUCAGUGGAGACGUUCUUUAUCUUCCUGUUCUCUAUCGUUCUGGUGUCAUACACAGCCACAUCCAUGACUCUGGCCAUCUCCGCUGAUCAGACGGCGGUGGGCAUCGCUAACAUCUUCAUGACCAUCAGCUUUGUGAUUAUGAUGAUCUUCUCAGGGCUGCUGGUGAAUCUCCCCAGUGUCGCCGACUGGUUGAACUGGUUGAAGUAUCUUAGUAUUCCUCGUUAUGGUCUCACUGCUGUAGAAAUCAAUGAGUUCACUGGCCUCAUCUUCUGUGACACAAAGAACACAACCAGAAUAGAAAGACAAGUCUGCUCGACCGGUGAGGAAUUUCUGUCUGAACAGGGCAUCGAUUACUCAACCUGGGGUUUGUGGCAGAAUCAUCUGGCUCUGGGAAUCAUGACCCUCAUCUUCCUCAUCAUCGCUUACCUCAAGCUGCGCUUCAUCAAGAAAUUCACUUAAACACAAGCUCUUUGGUAAAGUGUCCAUCAGAUGCACAUAGUACACUUUGAUGAGUACUGUGAAUUUGGCCAUACUUCGUUUGUCACAUACUGUUAAUCACCUAUAUACAAGAAAGGCACGCAAUUUCAGAUGCAGCCAUCGAUGAAAUCCUACACACAUUCACACUGUUUCCUACUCAAAUAAUAAUCAUAAGUAAAUCAGUUUUUUUUUUUUAUGUUCAUCCAAUUUUAUUUUGCAAGUGACUUCUUUCUGUUUUUUAAAGAUGUUUUCUUUGGAUUGUUUGACUACUCAAAAGAGAAUAGGAGAAUAUAACAGUUCAUUUGUGUUUCUUGCUAGCUUAAUUAUACAUUCAUAAACAUUUACUGGCAGUUGAUCUAGAGAGGUAUAUGGAAACUAUCCAAAAUUCUGUUAAUCAUAAAGUAGUGCCACUCUGUAUUCAUCCUAUGUGUCCUUUAUAAAAAUUAACCAUGGUCAAAAUUUGUGUUGGGCUUACCAUAGUUUUUUAUUUUUUGGUAUUUUAACAAGACGAUAUAUAAUGUUUUCAGUGAAAAAUAUUAAAUUACAGAUUGUCUCAAUAUAAACCCACUCAAGACCCUCCCACCCACAAGACAUUUGAAUAUAAGGAGGGGGAAAAAAAUUAAAUAAAAUAUACAAAUAAACAAACACUGAUCCAAUCAUCCUGCAGACAGAAAUGAACAUGUGAAGCA